AUGGAUAAAGCACGCUCUACCAAACUCAAGUUCAAGGGAGACAAAACAAAGAAGAAGCGUAAAAGAGAGGACGAAGAAAGCGGCCCAUCUAGGUCGAAGCAUGUGGAGGACGAGGAGGAGCCGGAAACAUGGGUAAUGCCAGAAAGUGCGGCGGAGAUUCGCGGCCCAACCUUCGUUAUGCACCCCUCUGAUCCCAGCCCCAUCUCCGUCAACUUUGAUGCCACGAGGAAUCGGAUAAUUUUACAUCCUCUCGAUAAGGACUCACCGUCGUUGAUUGAACGUGCCCCUACAGAGAUAUCCCAGGUCUGGGUCGUAACACGUGUUGCUGGCUCUCCCACAAUCAACCUCCGAACGGGCACGGGGGAAGGCAAGUUUCUCUCAUGUGAUAAACACGGAAUAGUUUCGGCAGACAGGGAAGCUCGCGGACCAGAGGAGGAGUGGACGCCCGUCCUCCUCCCCGACGGCAUGGUCGCAUUCCAAAAUGUAUACGAGAAUUAUCUUAGCGUCGAUGAAGUCGCUGGCGGCACCCUACAGUUACGUGGUGACAGUGAAGAGGUCGGUUUCAGAGAACGGUUCUGGGUAAAAAUUCAGAGUAAGUACAAGAAGGAAGCCCACGAAGAAAAGAAGAAGCGUGAAGCUGUCACCGAGGUGACAGUCAUCGAUGAGACUGGAACCAACCGCAUAUAUCAGGCAUGGGGUGCCGGUCGUUCGAAAGAGCUGAAACGUGCACGCAAAGAAGGCCGGCUGGCUGAAGCGUUAUUGGACCGCAGAUCGAAAUUGAAAAGUGAUCGAUUCUGCUGA